AUUAUUUUCUCGGCCGUCUAGACCUAUGGAAGCUUUAUAGAAACGUACAGAAGUGCAUCCUAACAACCGGACUCCGUGCUACUCCGUCGGAUGGUAAUAAAAGGCUUUGCAUUACAAUAGGUGUGUCGGAACGAGAAAUACGAAGACUCCUUUGAAGAAAGGUCACACACUGGAGUGAUGAAAUCGUGCAACAAGUGCUGUGCUAAAAUAUGUUUAACGCUAGUAGUUUGCCUGUGGUCAUGUUUUACGAUAAAGGCUCUGCGCUUUCCAAUCAACAGCAAGGAGUGCGGUCUUUCCGAACCUCUCGGUAGAGUAAUCAACGGGAAGAUUACAUGGAGGGCUCAAGUACCAUGGCUGGUGCACAUCUUCAGUGCGUUAGAAAGGGGAAAAGGAAUCCCAUGCGGUGGAAGCAUCAUAACUCAGAACGUGAUUAUGACAGCUGCUCACUGCAUGUAUGAAAAAUCUAAAGCGGGAAGAGUCGUCGUCUACUACAACACGACUAGUCUCCACGAUGACCAAUUCAUCGACGUGGAGCAGGCAAUGAUCCACCCGAAGUACAGGAACUUGGACUCGGGAUAUAACAUCGCGUUAUUAAAACUGUCCAGUCCUAUCAAGCAAUUUGACAGGUUUGUAAGGCCUGUUUGUCUCCCUAAACAAGGUGAACCUACCAAAGCGGGACAAAUGAUCAUAGCAGGAUUUGGUGACAUCGAUAUGAAAAAGAAACCAGCGGAUCGAAUAUUCUACUAUAGGGCGCAUGUUUUAUCCGACUCUAGUUGCGCCCAUGCAAUUUCAUUGCAGUGGAAGCGUAUUUCGUCAAGGGCUCGAAAGUUAUUCAUGUGCAGCAAGAACAGCCACGAAACGGCGUAUGCGGGUGACUCUGGGGACCCUGUGACGGCCUACGUUGGGACCAAGUCUGUUCAAUAUGGAAUCGUGACAUUCGGACACAAGCAAAAUCGCGGCCCGGCGCCUGUAGUACACACGCGGGUUUCUAUGUUUAUUAAAUGGAUCUGUGAGAUACUCCGGAGUAUAGACGAAUAGAAAAAGUCAAACUAAGCGUCACAAUCAUGGGACAUCUCAAUUUCUUUUUCAAUCAGACACAUGAAUAAAGA